AAGUCACCGUGACUCAUCUUUAGACUGAAGGCAAGCUGUGUGGUUAUGUACAUAGUUUACACGCCCAUAACAGAGAACGUCAGCAAAGAAAAACAUAAGAGCAAAUUUGAUAAUAUUCAGUAUAUAACUAAAUGACUAGUGAUCUGUGCCACGAGUCUAAAAAGUUGUGGAAAGAGGUACAUAGAAAGUCCUAAGCGGAAACAACAUACUGGUGUUGCAGAACGCCACGAUGAUUGUAGAGAUCCUGCUGUUCGUGGUGGUAGUGAUUCUGCUUCACUAUUGGAUUUCCAGACCCCGGGGAAUGCCACCAGGUCCUAUGGUCAUACCAUAUCUUGGCUCCAGGCUCAUCUUCACUGUCAGCCAAGUGCAGGCGAUGCACAAGAUAUACGGCGACAUAUUCAAAUCUGAAAUAGGAUCACACAAGUUGAUAUUCUUGUGCAGUAACAAACUUAUCAAAGAAGCCUUAGCGAAGGUGGACUUCGCUGAUCGACCACGCCUUGAAGUGGCUCACUUUCUCACGGACGGCCAAGAGGCAGGUAUGUAG